AUGGGACAACGAAGUACAAAACCUGCAAAGCAGAAAUCUACUGCCAUUGCAUCGAAAAAAAAACAACGAACAAAACCAGCAAAUCUUCAGCUUUCAACACCUAGCCGUGAUUAUAGACGAUUUCAAACAGUUGACAAUGAUACACGUCCAUGUAAAGCUGAAAUAUAUGCUUCGCAACGAUUACGAAUACCUAAUCCAAGAACUCCUUGGGAACAGAGAAAUGAUCUUAAAACUCAUGAUCAAGUUAUGGGCGAGUAUCGUGAGAAACAAAUCAAUGAACUAUAUAAGAACCAACGAGGUCGAUAUAGGUAUGGAAGGUAG